AUGGAGGCCAAGAGGAUAUUCAGAAUCCUACAGUGGGAGCUUGGAUUUGUCAGAGACUACUUUUACACCCUCUACCCUAUGGUCUUCUGUCAAGGUCUUUCUUCUCUCUGCUUCAGCGUCUUGCUGUCCAUGGUGACCUUCGCUGCCGCAUUUUGGCUGGCGAUCAGCAUCCGCAAGGCCUACGAGCCCACCGAAGAAACCGUUGUGCUCUGGGUGGGCGGAUGGAAUGUUGACGUUAUCAUCACUUGGGUGUUCCUCUUCAUGAUGUUCAAGGAGGUAUGGGAGAUCAUCACCUACCUGCUAUCAAACUGGACAAGAUUACUCCUUGUGUGCAAAUAUGUGCAGCAGAGCAUGGAGAGUGAGCAGCGCCAACGUUCAAGGAGGUCUGGGAGAUUGUCACCAACUGAGUAUCUGAUAAGUUUGUUCUUUGCCUCCAAAAUUGCUCUCACGGAGAGUAUGACAAGUUUGUUAUUUGUCUCCAAAAUUGCUGACCCAUGGGAUGGCCAAAUCGAUCAGUAUGAUUUCCUGCAGUCCUGUACUUACAACCCAUCAUUUUGGGAAAAGGCAAAAUCAGUUACCCUGGGAAAGACUGCAAGAAAAUUAGAUGGCAGAAUAUGUGGUGAGCCUAUCAAGAUCUCCGAAUGUGUAAAGAAAGCAAUCCUGCAGGCACUCGGCAAAAUAGGCCUCAACAAUGAUCAGCUUCCCAGAGAAAUCCCAUCACUUAACGCAGGCAACCAUUUUCAGAGGUACAAAUGGGCCUGCAUGGAUCUAGACACAUGCUCUCAGGUCAUUCUGGUGUGGCACAUCGCCACCAGCUUCUGCCAAAUCAAGCUGGUGAAAGAGGGUGAAAUUGAUUUAUCCAAGCCCGGGUUUGUGAGCUCAGCCUGGUCAUAUCUGAAAACACUCUGCCGCCCUUCCAAGCCAUGCAUUGUAGAUGAUAAAAUCCAAAAGCAACUUGACCUCAAGACUAAUUACGACACCGCAACCAGCUUGUCACGGUACUGUGCUUAUCUGCGGGUUUUUCGGCCUGAACUGUUGCCGGAUAGUUUUGUUGUACCAGACUUGAUAUUUCUAGAAACCUUGCAAAAAGCUCAGGAACAAGCCGAUGAUUGCAACUUGAAAUGGUGUUGGUAUAAUAAACUUAUGGUAGUAGCGCAAGAAGCUGCGGAAAACAAUCAGGAUGCUGCACGAAACCAUGUGGAUAGGAGGCUGAGCAUGAACAUAGUGCAGCAAGGUGCUACUUUAGGCAAGGACCUGAUUUCCAUGGAUAAAGAAAUGCGUUGGCAGAUUCUAGCUGGAGUGUGGGCUGAUUUAUUUGUGCACAUCGCCCCCAGUUGGAAUGCAGUAGAUCACAAGAACAACCUUGAGUCAGGAGGUGAGUUCAUAACCCUCAUAUGGGCAUUGCUUUGCCACUGUGGCAUCGAGAAGAGCAGCAUGUGGAAGAAUGGUAAAGUAUGUGAAAGCAAUGCUCAAGUACAAACCAGUAACACUGAGUCCACGGAGGAGCAGCAAGAAUCUGAAAGCAAUGCUCAGGUAUCUCAGGAAAAUAAUACUGAAACCAGCAACACUGAGCCCAUGGAGCAGCAAGAAUUUGAAAGCGACGCUCCAGAACCUCAGGAAAAUAAUACUGAAACCAGCAACAUUGAGCCUGAGAAGCAGCAAGAAUCUGAAAGCAAUGCUCAGGUGUCUCAGGAAAACAAUACUGAAACCAGCAACACUGAGCCCGUGGAGCAGCAAGAAUCUGAAAGCAAUGCUCCAGAACCUCAGGAAAAUAAUACUGAAACCAGCAACACUCAGCCCGUGGAGCAGCAAGAAUCUGAAAGCAAUGCUCAAGUACCUCAGGAAAAUAAUACUGAAACCAGCAACAUUGAGCCCGUGGUGGAGCAACCAGAAUCUGAAAGCAAUGCUCAAGUACCUCAGGAAAAUAAUACUGAAACCAGCAACACCGAGCCAGUGGACGAGCAACCAGAAGCUGAAAGCAAUGCUCAAGUACCCCAGGAAAAUAAUACUUAAACCAGCAACAUUCAGCCCGAGGAGGAGGAGCAAUACGAUGAGGAUGAGACUGAGUGAUCAAGACUCUGAUACAAGCAGAUUUACAUGAAGCAUGCCGACACUACGAUUGGUUAGAAUAGUAAGUGGUGAAUUCACUUGGAGGACUAUUGGAGCAAGUGAAAGAAGCCCCUUGAACAGAUUCACUGCAUUUGUUGGAGCAAAGGACUUGUGGUUUGCAAAGUAUAUGUGUGAAGAGCCCCUGUCUGGGCCAUCUGAAUGUUGUUGUUGAUGAUGCUUCUUACUGUCAUCUUUGAUUGACUGUUGUGUAUUUCACCAGACACUCUGGGAUAAACUUGUAUGGUGAUUUCUUUUGUCA